GUUAUUAUUAGAAUUAAAUACCUACGCAAUGAAAGGAUUAAUAAAGUGAAGAGUUUUUAAUACAAAAGGAGGAACAAAUUACUGGCUGUUUAAGUUGCUCGAGACGACAUUUCAGCCAGUUUAUGCACGCUUCCACAAUGUCACGCCGAGACAGUUCCGUAGAGCUCAAUUAUAUUGACACCGAAUUUUCUUCCGGGGACUGUAAAAAGAUGAAAUCGAAACGAUACCAGGAGGAAAAUAACAACGAGGUGGAUGAACUCUCCAAAGAUCUGUCGGAGAUGGGAUGUAUAGUGGACGCAGUCAAAAGACCCCCCAACAUUUGUGUUGAGACCUGCGUCUAUGAAGAAUCGGAGUCCGAAAAUGAGAAAUCUGAGACUUACAAUGAUGAGGAUGCGUACUCUGAUGAAUUUGAAGAGGAUAAAAGUGAGGAAGAGGAAUCUGUCAAGUCUUUACCAAAGUCUGUGAUGAGUGACACCAGCAGAGAGCCUACUGCCAGGUCUUCCGUCAAACUAUCUAAAAGUAACUCUUCCAUGAUGAGUCAUAAGGCUCCACCUGGCUCUUUAUCGGGCAGAUCUACUAGUUUUGGAUCAGUCUCUGGGAUGAAGCCCCGUCGAAUCAACAUGUCGUUUAGUAACGAACGUUUGAGGGAGAUUGAGAGGCACAACCAUAUACUACUGUCUAAGAUCCUGAGCGCUCGGAAUGCUAGGAAGUGCUCCAUUCCGCCUAGAGAACAGGAUACUGCUAGGAGACCAGUGCCUUCAGCUGCUGUGUGUCGUAAGAAUCAGCAGCGGCAGAUUGAUCAUGAUAAUAUGAUCCUCCUCAAAAAGAUCCAGCGUGCGAAAUCAUCGGCGUGUAGCAUCCGCCGUUGAUAUCCACAAGGCGUCCGAUGCGCGGGCGCACGUUUAUACCAAUGUUGUUCACUGUUACGCUUGCUACGAGUCAUGUUACUGUUCAUAAAUUUAUUAUACGACUUUUAUACUGAA